GGGCAGGAAGGGCUUGUGAAGAGGGAACCCGGGCAGUCUUUGGGGCGCAGGGCUGGGAGCGGGCGACGGGUUGAAGCCAGCUGGGCUGGGCUGGCGGCCUGGGGCCGUGGAGCGCGAGGAGGGCCGGGUUCGCGCUGCGCCCGCCCGCUGGCCGCCGUCGCCCGCCGCCAUGGACCCGUUUCUGGUGCUGCUGCACUCGGUGUCCACCGGCCUGUCGAGCAGCGAGCUGGCCGACCUCAAGUUCCUUUGCCAGGGCCGCCUGGGCAAGAGGAAGCUGGAGCGCGUGGAGAGCGGCGUCGACCUCUUCUCCUUGCUGCUCGAGCAGAACGAGCUGGACCGCGAGCACCCCGAGCUCCUGCGCGAGCUGCUCUCCUCCCUGCGGCGCCAGGACCUGUUGCGGCUCCUGGACGACUUUCAGGCGGGCGCGGUGGACAGGGCGGGGCCUGAAGAGCAAGACUUCUAUGCAGCAUUCGACAUCAUAUGUGAUCACGUGGGGAAGGACUGGAGAAGACUGGCACGCCAGCUUAAAGUGUCCGACUCCAAGAUUGAUGCCAUCGAGGUGAAGUAUCCCCGGAACCUGACGGAGCAGGUGCGGGAGUUGCUCAGAGUCUGGAAGAACAUGGCGCCGGAGCACGCGGCGGUGUCCCACCUGGUGCAGGCGCUCCGGGCCUGCCGCCUGAACCUGGUGGCAGAUCUCAUCGAGGAGGAUCAGCAGGCCCGCAGCCUCCGGCACCAGAACGAGAGCAGCAGUGGCACUGUGUCCCUCAUGGCGUGGGACUCGGACACGCCGGCCUCGACUGCCUCCUCCUGACCCCGCUGCUCUUCUCCAGGGACUGAGGCCUCUGCACAGUCCAGGCCCGGUUCCUUCCCCGGUGUUGACCAGGUGCCUUCCGUGAGCUGGUGCUGCAAAGACCUAGAGGUGAGCUGGGGCACCAGGCGCUCCAACAGAGGCUGUGGUGACACGUGGUUCCUGCCCAGGGCUCGGUCCCCAGCUCUGCCGCCGGCUUGCUCUGGCGGUCCAUCAGCCGGCACCGCCACCCCAGGACUCCCUGGGUGCAGUGCCUGUCCCUGGCAUGCGGGAGAUGGCGUCCAAGCUCUGGAGCAGCUGCCCAUCACCCACCAUGUGACCUAAUCCCACCUGGACAAAGCUGGGAUCUUGAACUGCAAGAUCCAGGAAAGGCGAUGGGUCAGAACGUGCCUUCCGCCUGUGCCAUGGGGCCUCGAGGGGCCGGGGACCAGCCCAGGCUGCUGCGGGCCACCGAGUCAGAGCCGUCGGGCGGGGUGAGCUGGCCCAAGAAACUGUCCCCCAAACACGGGAGCCAGAGAGAAACCUGUGCCUGUUCGGCCGGCCCCCUCCCGUGGUUGGGGGGCUUCCCUGUGACUGCCGCUGGGCCAGGCUGGGAGGCCCAGCUGAGCGGGGGGCUGGGGGGACAGCGUGUCCCCAGCUUUGUAAAACCAGGAAACGCUCGCGAAAACACUGUAGAAAAAGCACAAAUAGACAGCAGAAGUAGAUAGGAAUGCAGUGCACACCUAAGAUGACUGUUUCUUGAGGACGGGGUUGCUGGUCUGUGUUUCCCACAUGCCACGGCAUCUCUGCUGCCCUGGACUGUCGGCCGGCGUGUCCUGGAGAGCGGGCGGGCUUCCUGGUCUGACCCAGGGCCGCACGGUGCGUGUCCAUGCGCAGCGGCUUCCAGAAAUACUAAGCGCUUCCCCAAGUCUGGAGCAACUCUCUUCUCAGGUGCCUUAAACAAGCCACGGCAGCUCACUGGGAGGCCGGACGGAGCCUGCUGAAGGGGCCCGCGAGCUGAAAGGUUUACUUGAAACGAGUCAAGAACCACAUUUGCUCUUAACCUUUUUCCUCUAAGAGAGAAGCCUGCAGAGAGAAGUUUGGCAGACUUCAGGCCAGCGGAGAGGGAUUUGGUCAGGCGUCUCCUGGCGCAAAGGCCCGGCUGCCUCCACUUCUGCCCACCUGCUCCCAGGUGCCCCGGCGUCACGGCCGCCCCCGCCACAGCCGCCCUGCCGUCCAGACGCAGGCAGGCUCUGCCCAUCGCCCUGCCUGCGGGGCCCUAACCCCUCGUGGGAGCCCUCGUCUGUUCCAUUUUCUCCCCACGCCCCUCACCUGCAGAUGGCCCUCCUGGCCCUCGCUGAGGCCCAGCUCGCCACACCCACGGUGCACCUCUGUGGCCGCGCUCAGCCCGGGGCGUGGGGCGCUUCCGGCCAUUCUGCACAAACGCUCCGGUCUGCCCCCCUUAGCCACUCCCAUGCACACCCUCCGAGCACCCAGAGCCCUCCUCUCUGGGCACCUAAGGAAGCAGCCCCCUGGCUCUGCCCACCUCUUUCCUGAAGCACACAGGUGCUGGGGGCUAGGACGUGGCACUGUGGGGACCGCUACUGUGCCUGCCGCAAACCUACAGGAUGUGUGCGCACACAUACACACACCCCUGCCCCCCGCCCGGCCCACCCCUGGGACCACUGCCUACUUUCUCACACAAGGUGCAGCCCUGGGCCGCCUCUUGCCUGGCGCUAACUGUCCUGUAUACAAAGGUGCAGCUCCUCUGGAUAAAACUACCUCAGUAGCAUCUGCCCGCCCUGUCUAACACCGCCCUGCCCCUGCUCCCCCGUCCGCCCCCGUAAGCCUCACCCCCUCUCGGCAACUCAGGGCCCUGUUCUUCCCUGCCCCUCCCACCCUUCCCACCUGCCCUCCGGUCCCUACCUGUGCAGACCCCUCACUAGACUCCUAGAGCCACGGGCUCUCCAUACAGCUUUCCGUUUCAGGCUUUUAUUUCCCUGAUGACUAUUGUGAGUCAUGCUGACUGCGUGUAACACAGCCUUGCUCUGUGCCUUGUGUCUGGAACUGGGCAGGCGGGCAUGCCGGAGCCACAUACACUCCCGAGAAAAUGCCUGGUAUCCCUCUGGGUGCAGAUACAGAGGCAGAACUUACACAGGCAGAAUUUGCCGUUGAAAUCUGUUUUAAUCAAAGAAGCCCUCGGUUUUUAAGUCUAAGUGAAGACACUGGCACAAGUCACACACACUGCCUGGUGCGGCUCAGUGGGCUGAGCCCUGGCCUGUGACCAGAGAGGCUACUAGUUCAGUUCCCGGUCAGGGCGCAUUCCUGAGUGGCAGGCCAGGUCCCCAGUUGGGGGCAAGACAACCUAUCAUCUCUCAGACAUUGAUGUUUCUUCCUCCCUCCCACUCUAAAAGUAAAUCUUUUUCCUAAGUGAUUUGCACAGUUUCGUGCUGGAGAUUUCUCGCUAGACAAUGUUCCACAGUUGGGGAGAUCAAGACAUUAAUAGAGAACAAUCAACGUUCUCCCACACAGGAUAAAGCCAACAUAAAAUAUCCAAAUCAGUGACAUUAUUGGUGAAAAUUAGAAAUGUGUCAUUUACUAUACAGACAAAUUAAAUGGACUUUUUGGCCAACCCAUAUGUAUAUUUUACAACAAUUAAGAAAUCACCCCACACUAAAUUAACCACUUAAUUGCAUUAUUAGUCUAAAUUGUGUUCAUUUUGCCCUAGUGGUAUUGCCUCAUGGAUUCUCUGGUUCGAUUCCCAGUCAGGACACAGGCCUGGAUUGCAGGCCAGGUCCCCAGUUAGGGGCACAUGAGAGUCAAUCACACAUUGAUACUCUCUCCCUCUCUGCCUCCCUUCUCUU